GAGGAAGCAUCCACAAAUUAAUUACUUUAAAUUAUGGAUGACUCUGAGUUAAAGUUCAUGAAUUCAAAUUAAUUCAGUUAUUAAGAAGACAAAAGAAGUUAAAUGUUGCUAACGCUAGUCUAAUAGCAUUAGUUAGCUAGGUAGUUAGUUAGCUAAUGAAGAAAAGCUAUGUAUCACAAUGGGCAGGCUGAAGUGAACCAGUACGGUUAAAUAGGUUAAGCUAUAUCCUCAGGUGUCUCCAUGCAUGCAGACAGGAUGAAUAUCUCCAUGACAGAGCUGAACACAGUACAAAAGAAACAUGAGCAUGUACACACCGGCCCCGCAGGGACUCCUGGAUGGGCAGCCCUCCCUUCAGAUGUCAGUCUGCCUCAUCCUCAGCAGCACACUGUCCACACAGGAAUGAUGGAGCCUCUCAGCUUAAGCCCUGUGCCUGGUCCAGACAGCAGCCAUCACAGCUCUGUUUCUGCUCCAUGGUUUACUAAUGAACCCAUUCUCUGCAGCGUGAUGCCGGAGUUUCUCGAGGGGCUGACUGACUUUACAUCCCACCUCACACAGUCUGUUGUGGGUAAUGUGAGUGGAGGUGGACAGGUUAUGCUUGUUAACCCCUAUGAGCCUGAACAGAUGUUCCUCACCCUAAAAUCUGCACUACCACACGGAGGUACUGGCCCAGCUCAAGGGAAAGGUAUACUGGGGACUUCCAGCCAGUUUCUCCAGCACCACCAGAUAGCUUGUCCCCUGUAUGAGUGCAGAGAUGAGACUGCCAACAUGGAGCCUCAACCCCCUCCAGCUAAGAACUAUGGGACUGAAGCUAAAAUAACUUUGUGCGAGUCAAAGUCCAGGAAACCCUGCCACUGUACCAGAUCCCAGUGCCUUAAACUCUACUGUGAGUGUUUUGCCAAUGGAGUGAUGUGCAACAACUGUGACUGUUCUAACUGCCACAAUAAUGCAGAGCAUGAAAUGAAGCGUCACAAUGCAAUUAAGUCAUGUUUAGGUCGUAACCCAGAUGCCUUCAGGUCUAAGAUCGCUGGUGGGAGGUCAGGAGAGGCCAAAGGUUGGCACAACAAAGGCUGCAACUGUAAACGCUCUGGCUGCCUUAAAAACUACUGCGAGUGCUAUGAGGCCAACAUCAAGUGUACCUCCAGCUGCAAGUGUGUUGGCUGUAGAAACUAUGAUGACAGCUCAGAAACGAACCUUGAAGAGAAAACCGUCAAUGUGAAGGACAAAUGGCCUGAAUCAGUAAUAACCCCUGCUGUGGUGGAAGCUGUAUGUGGCUGUCUGCUGGCCCAGGCUGAGAAGGCUGAGAGGAAGGCCCAGAACCCUGUCCAGGCUGAGCACAUGGUUCUGGAUGAGUUUGGACGCUGUCUCACACAGAUUGUUAAGGCCAUGUUCAAGAACUAAUUUCACAACUACAUCAUAUAUGUGCACAUGGUUCAAGUUUAGGUUUUACACGUUCUUAAGAAAACUUUACUGGUUAAUUGUUAACUCAAGUCUCUAUUGAUGAGCUCCUGAGUGCAGUCAUUUUUGAAUAGUGUUUUAUUAAUGUUAAUACCUGACAAGCAUGUACUUGAUAUAGUCAGAGGUAUAUUAUAUUUUUCUGUAUUUUCUAUAUUUUUCGGUUUCUUUGGAGCAUUGGUGUAAUGGCUUUGAUUUAAAACUGUUGAGUUUACAACAUUCAGAGGCAGCGUGGAUGGACAGUUCUACUGGUUUAUACUAUAAAUAUUGUAAAACAUUGUAGUAAGUCAUUGGCUUUCAUAACACAUUCCUGUGAAUAAACAAUAAAAUGAGUUGACUAAUCUGUACACCAGUGUAAG